AUGAACAAAAUAAUGUUAUCAUGGGUAUGGUACCUUAUGGGUUCAUUCAGUUUUUGCGCAUUCAAUCCAUCAGAAAGAUCAAUGAAAGGCAUGAUUGAAGGGAGCAAUUUGCAUGGUGUGGUACAAGAUAAUGCCCAAAACAACAUUCACAACAGGAUCAAGGCAUUGGAAAUCUUUGCGCCAUUGAAUGAAAAACCUAAAUAUGUAUCUAAUCGAAGACCUUGGCAUUCAAUGCUUGGUGAUCUAUUCACUGGUAUUGUGUCACCCUGGGUAGGACCAAGUGCAAUUCAAGAACUUUGUAGUGAUGCUCAAAAGUAUCAUUCAGAAGUGAGGUUGAUGAUUCCAGAAUUGAUACAUCUGAAAGAUGAAAUGGGAGUCCGACUUGUGACUCAAGAACAAUUGAGAAAGAUCAUUGUCAAUCUACUGGAAUUUCUACAGCAAGAUCAUUUGGAACUUUAUGAAAGACUUUGGAGUCUGAGUGUCCUUAGAAUUGUGCAGUCUUUAUUACCAAUUGGAAUGCACAAUCCAAUCAGAGAAGAUCCUAACACAGGUGGAGUCUCCCGGGGUGGAUUGGAGCUCUUUCUGUUGAAGGAGCUUGAAUUUAAGCCUAGGGUGGAGAGCGUGGUAAACAGGAAGAUACAAAUUUCCCCUGUAGAUGAAGGUAAGAACCACACCACCUUUUCAUUUGCAUCUUAUGUGCAACAAUGA